AUGGCUCCUAGUAUUACCACCAUACUGCCCUUCAUGGAGACAAUCAACACCAGGGCUUUGGUUUAUGCUGCUGGCGCCUUCAUGAUCUUACUCGCCUGGAUAUUACGCAAGAAUCGGAGCCUGAAUCUUCCAGAUGGACCCCGAGGUUUACCGUUUUUCGGCAGCAUGUUUUCCAUGAACGAUGGCAAAUUAUUACACCUGAAGCUCACCGAAUGGGCUCAUAAGUACGGAGAUGUCUACUCUUAUAUGAUGGGUCGCUCCCCAGUUAUUGUACUCAACAGCCCUCAGGCGAUCAACGACCUGUUCGUGAAACGUGGCAACAAGUACAGCUCAAGACCCAAGGCCUCGAACCAAGCGAGUAUUAUCACACAAAACGCAAGGAUCGUAGCAAUUCCAUAUGGCGAUCAAUGGCGAAAACACAGAAAGGCGUAUCAUGAGCUCCUCAACAUGCAAAAUGCCAAGAUUUUUCUCCCAUAUCAGGAGUACGAGAGCAGACGUACAUUGAAGAAUUUGCUUGAUGAAUCGACUGCAUUUUGGCGAGAAGUGACCAGAUAUUCGGCAAGUGUGACAUUUAGCCUACUCUUAGGAUGUCGAUUUGAUUCCGCCGAUACUGCAAUCCCACAAGAGAUCAACAAGAGAAUGUUGAUGAUGUUUAAAGGCAUCCGACCGGGAGCCUGGCUUGUUGACUGGCUCCCAUUCCUGGACUACCUUCCGGAUGCUUUGGCGCCCUGGCGAGCCUCAGCGGUGGACCUUCGAAACCAGAUCAUGCCAUUUUUUCUGAUAUUCUAUAAUGUCAUGAAAGAGAGGAUUCGGAAUGGUACCGCACCAGACUGCUUCUUGGUCCGCCUAUUGAAAAACGAGGGCUCGAUAUUUGAUGAAUCAGAACCUCCCCAUAUCAUUGCAACAACUAUGGCGGCUGGGACCGACACCACCGCGACAACUCUUCAGUGGUUUUUCAAAGCAGCCAUAAAGUUCCCUGAGGCGAUCAAGACUGCUCAGGAUGAGAUUGAUCGGGUUGUGGGACGAGAUCGUCUACCCAAUUGGGAUGACCGUCCGAAUCUCCCUUAUCUCGCAGCUGUUAUCGAGGAGACGCACCGAUGGGCCACAGCCACACCUUUAGCCUUCAUCCACGCCACAAGUGAGGCGGACGUAUACAGAGGGAAGGAUAUCCCAAACGGUGCCAUUGUGUAUAGCAAUGUCUACGCCGUACAUAACGACCCCAACGUCUUUGCGAGGCCCGAAGAGUGGAUUCCGGAAAGAUACCUCCCCCCGGCCGACAAGAGAGCUGCACCGGAAGCGAAUCACGCGGGCACACACUAUGCUUUUGGGGCAGGCCGUCGAGAAUGUCCUGGUAGGCAUGUCGCCGAUGCCAGUCUCUAUAUCGUGAUCAGCCGUAUCCUAUGGGCUUUUGAUAUUGUUGGGAAUCCCAGGAAGCCUCCACCGCAGGGUUACUCGGGCGCUUUCCCUGUUUUCGGGCCUGCUCAAUUCGAAGCAACUCUUAAAUCGCGUAGUGAAGCCGCGCGUCGCUUAAUUGUUGAUGAAGCUGAGAUUAAUCGACCGAAAGAGAUGGAGGACUCAAACGUCUACGAUAAGCUUGUUGCUCAAUUGCCAUCCACUGCUUGA